AUGCCACCUUUAAGCAAACCCAUGGCAACUGCAGCUGCAGUUGUUGCAGCGACAGGAUGCUACCUGUUGUACUCCCGAAACCGAGAUGACAAGAGCAAAAUCCCAAAGGAGCUUCUUCGAUCUCCACACGCCGCCGAGUUGAAAUUAGCAGUACGACUUGCAAAAAAGGCAGGAAACAACAUGAAGGGCUACAUUGAAACCAAAGGAACCAGUGAAGCUAUGAAUUAUUCUUUGGACAUUGAAACCAAGUCCGGUGCCACCGACUUUUGCACCAAGGUUGAUGUGGAGAAUGAAAGUAUGAUCAUGGCAGCCAUUCAGGAAUCCUUUCCAACCCAUGAAAUCAUCGGAGAAGAAACUGUUGGAACAGGUGAGAUUCCCAAGCUGAAGAAAGAUGCAAAGACAUGGAUAAUCGACCCUAUCGAUGGCACGACAAAUUUCUCUGUUGGUAUCGCUAUGACGUGCGUCAGUAUUGGAUUUUGCGUCGAUGGGCAUCCAGUCAUGGGGGUGAUUUAUGCACCAGCUUCGGAUGAGUGGUACAUGGGAGUGAAAGGAUAUGGUUCCUUUCGCAACGGAGUUCGAAUUCUUCAACAGACUUCGUCGUCGACCAAAUCCAUCGAGAAGGCUGUGAUCUGUUGCGAAUUUGGGUACUCAAGAAAGCAACACGAAAUUGAUGCCAUGCUUGGAGCUGUGUCCAGAAUUCUUGCUCGAGGAUGUAGAGGGAUUCGUCAACUCGGAAGUGGAUGUUUAGAUUUGUGUUAUGUGGCAAGCGGACGACUGGAUGUUGUGUAUUCUGGGAUCGUGAACGAGGGUUGGAAGCCAUGGGAUUACUGUGCUGGUAUGGUGAUUUGUCAAGAAGCUGGAUGCAUCAUGGAAAGCAUUGAUCAAGCGACCCCAGGCGGGUUCGACCUCUAUUCCAAAUCCAUUCUGUGUGGUGUCAGCCGCCAGUUGGUUGACGAGUGCAGGGUUGUCCUCACGAAAAAGUAA